AAAAGCCUAACUAGGCCAAAGUCUCUUCGGUGUUCCGCAGCUCCGAUACUGUCUACUAACGGCACUACAUAGUCAGUCUAUCCAUCUCCACCUGAGACCAGCUGGCUUCUGCACCGGCGGCCCUUAGGAGUGGAGGAUGGCCACGCAUUUAAUCUAUCAUUCGGCAAAUUCGAGAUCCUGGACAGGCCCUCGAUUUGCCUUCCACCUCAUGGUUCGAUCAAAGUGAGGAAAAAGCAGGAGACAUGACUGUACGUGGCAAGCUGGUCUGCUCGUGCAUUCCGAUCCAUCUGACUGGCUGUCACGGUGGGUGCACAAUACGUAGCCGAAGCUUAGUCGGGGAACCCCGGUCAUCUCCUGAUGAGGUCCAUGUUGGAAGUCGAAACACAAACCCGCUUUUCAAGCGCCGGAGAAUUUCCGAAUCUAUGAUGUUUUCCAGCCUUGUGGCUGGCGCUAUUCGAGACAUGAUCAAGAACCUCACGACUAGAGUAGCUCUAUUCCACCUUUGGGAAACAAUAUUUGGUGUACUAUUGAGUCUAUCUACCUCAUGUUCGGCGCACGUUGUAAUCCGGGUCUCCCGGCUUUGACAAAUAGACUUUGUGCAGAAUUUUCUAGUUUAUGCAGG